CGCCGCAGCCGCCGCCUUUCUUUCUUUCCGCCCUUCCUUCCCCUACAGCCUCCCCCCACCCCCAGGCAGGAGACAAGGGCGAUGCCCGUGACGGCCCCGAGGGGACGGGCAGCCUAGAUCGCUUUGCGCGGGGGCUGCUAGGAGGGGAGGAAGCCGCGCCGCGCAAGCCCGGAGAAGGAAUCACCGAAGGCGGAGCCCGAGACGAGCAGGCCUGGUUGCUGCUGAGUGGCUGUCAUGAUAUCCGCAGCACCUCUUUACAGCGGGGUGCACAACUGGACCGGCGCUGAGCGCAUUCGCAUGUGCGGCCUCAACGAAGAGAGGAGAGCCCCGCUUUCUGAUGAAGAAUCUAGCACUGGCAGUUCCCAGCAUCUGGGCUCCUCUGAGUUCUGUGUUGGUAAAAGCUUUUCCAAGGUGGAGCUCACUGCAGUUUCGAGUAGUGGCAGCAGCGCCCCAGGGUUUGAGGCAGAGGGCAUAGUGGAGAAGGAACUUGGGCCCCAGCCGGAGGAGCAGUCCCGUGAGCCGGACUUCAGCGGGAAGGCCUUGAAGGGCGGUGAUGCCAACCCAGGCGAGAGCAGAGAGGCUGGACCUGCGAAGCCGGAGAGCAGUGGCCCGGACUGUAUGUGGCCCUCUGCUAAGGAGGCGGUGGACGUCAGCCCUGCUUGCCCAAAGGCACUGGAGACUGAGCAUGCCGGGAGAGAAAAGAGCGCCCCGGCUGCCACCACAACCCCGGCCGUGGCUGCCACUGCCGCCGCCGCCACCACUGCCGCCGCCACCAGCUGCAGUGCACUGACCUCCACUCCGGCCACCUUCACCUUGAAAAGUGUUUGUUUCUCGACAUCUCAGGCCCCCGCUAUGCAAAAAAUGGCCCUUUCCUUCCCCCCUGGAGCAGUCCUCGCCCCCAGCCAGCCUCUGGUUUAUCUCCCGCCUCUUCCAAACCCCCUUGGGGUCUCCUCCACGCUCACCUUGCCUGUGUUGCCCCCCUUCCAGCAGGACCCCUGCUUGCCCGGCCUCCUUGCCUCCUCCGAGCUGCGCACGUACCCUUACGCCUUCUCUGUGACCAGGCCGCUGCCCGCGGAACCCAAAGCGGCCUCCGUGGAGGCGAGCCCGCUGAACUGCCCUCCCUCCUCCGGAGAGAAGGCCGCCCCUGCACCCACCGGCCCCUCCCCGGCUGCCAAUGGCCCAGACCUUUCCUCCAGCGCCCCGGCGGCGGCUUUGGCAGCACCCUGCACCAGCACGGUCCCCACGCCAGGGGCCACCAGUGUCCACACCAGAGCUCCGGUGGCGGCCGUCCCAGAACAGCUGGCCACCGGGGUCCUGGCCUCCAUCUCGCCACUGAAAUCUCCCCCCCAGUUGGAGCGAGAGAUGGUCACGGCCUCCCCCGAGUGCAGCGAGAUGCCCCUCGACCUCUCCUCCAAGUCCAACCGCCAGAAGUUGCCUCCACCCAGCCAGCGCAAGACACCCCCCAUGCCCAUCCUGACCCCCGUGCACACCACCGGCAAAGCCCUGCUCACCACUGUCCUUUCCAAGUCCCAGCGGGUGGCCCAGGCGGUGGGCAAUCCGCCAGCUGCCACCGCCGCCGCCUCACCCUUUGUCAUCUUCCCAGACUUCUUGCGCAACGGGGAGCAGGCCUCCUGGGUGAAGAACUCGACCGCCCUCAUCAACGCCAUCCCAGGCACCUACGUCGGGGUGGCCAACCCAGUGCCGGCCUCCGUACUGCUGGGCAAGGAGUCCAGUGCCAGCUUUGGCAGGGACUCCCGCCACCUCCCCAAGCAGGAGCCCAUUUCCAUUGUUGACCAGGGGGAGCCCCGGAGUGCCGCACCCCCCGCUGGGAAGAAGAGCAGCACAGAGGGGCAGCCAGAGUGCCCCAAGCAGCUUCACCAUGGCCGUGGCACCCCGGGCCCCCCCAUCCGCCCUUCCAAAGAGCUGUCCCUUUGGAGCCCCGCUCAGGGGAGCACCUACCCUCGCUGUUCCCUCAAUGGGAAGCCCGCCAGCCCCCAGCUGCUGCCCGUGGGGUGGUCCCAUUAUCACCCCGGGCCCAUGCUCUCCAUCGGCAUCUCUGCAGCCGGGCAGCUGCCCCCCAGUCAAGUGGGGCUCCCCAAGCCGGUUGGCGCGGGCGAGCCAGCCGUGUUCCCCGCCGUGCAGCCAGCGGAGCCUGCCACGGUGGCCCAGAAGGGCCCGGACACCCCCUCGCAGGGCAAGGGCUGCAAGGCAGCCCUGCCCAACACGGCGAGCCCUCUGUGCACCUCCCCGGCACUGCAGACCAACCUCCCCGAUGCCCGGGGCCCCAAGGGUCUUGCUCCCAGCUAUGGCUCCGAGAGGUCGGAGACUGACUCGGCAGCCGAGACUGCCCCCCAGCCUGAGGCGCCCCCCGAGGGCUGCAGUCGCAAGUGUCCUGGGGACACCAAGCCGAAGAGUCAGUUCCUGACCGCCUACCUGUCCCAUGGCCUUCCUCUGGCUAGCCAGCCGAGUGCGCGGACCGCCUCCGAGCCGGCCUCCCCGGCGGACAGCCACUGCAAGGACCAGAGGUGCGCCCCGUCCCGGAACCAGCUGCAGGCGGAGGUCCCUCCCCGCACCGUGCAUCAGGUGGACCUCAGCCGGGUGAAGAAAGAGCGGGUGGAGCCAGAGGUGCCCUUCGCCGCCUCUGCCUGCCUGCUUGCCAGGGCUGCCUCGAGAGACCCCCCGAAGGCACGGCUUAAGGGGGUGGCUCACAUCAAGGUGGAGGGGGGCUUUCCUUGCAAGGCCAAGCGGCAGCAUGACGGGCCGGACCGGCCUGCUCACAAGAAGAUGAAGUGCCGGGGUGCUGCUGAGGAGUCCAUCCCUCUCUGCAAGCCGAACAGCCAGAACCCGCAUGCUCGCAAGUGGCGAAAGCAUCACGGUGACGCCCACGGGAUCAGCAAGCGGGAGAGCCGACUGAGCUCCACGAAGGACCGGGGCAACCUCCGGGCCAAGCGCAAGCGACGGAAACCGUCCCCGGGGCGCCGCGGGCACAGCUGCGAGGAAGCUUAUAUUGAGAAGAAAGCAAAGAACAAUUUUCGGGACUUCAUCCCUGUGGUGCUGAGCAGCCGGACACGCAGCCAGUCAGGAAGCGCGGGAGGGUCUUCGGCUAGCGCUUUAGGAGAGUGCGAUGGAGCUGGACAGGAGGUUGUGCCACUGCUGGAAGAGGAAGAUGAGAACGACGAAGAGGAAGAGCUCUCCUUGAAGCACCGCAGGCUGAGAAAAUCCCACCGCCUUUCCCCUCACUCUAGCUGCAAAGACAGAGACCGAGACCAGUCUCGGUCAGAGAGAGGUACUUUCCACCAGGGCAAGAACAGGGCACUGCCAUGGCAGGUAGAGGCCUCUAGGCAGCUGUGGAGCCGCAAGGAGGUGGAGCAGGAGAGCGGCCAUGUCAAGAGAAAGAAGAGGAGACGGCAGAAGAGCUGGAAAUACCAGACCGGGGAGUACUUGAUAGAGCGGGACAAAGAAGAGCACACAAGCUGUUGCCAUAAGCGGCGGAAAUCAAAAGCAGACUUCAGGUACCGGAAGCACAAGGGCUCAGCACAAGGCAAGGGCUCAGAGCUGCGUCUGAGGAGCCGGCUUUCUCCAACACUCCAAGGACAUCUGGACUUCCGCAACGGAUUCCUCUUGGAUCACUCUGACUCGGCUCCCAUCGAGGAGGUGCUAGAGAAACCCUCUGGGAAACGCAAAUGCAAAACGAAGCACCUCUCAGGCCUUUGUGAAGAGGGGAAGGCCAAGGCACGGGGAAACCAGUCCAAGAUGCGCUCUCCAAAGAAGGCCCGGGAGGCCUGCCCGUUCAACAAGUCUCGGCAGCACGGCCCAGAGAGAGCCGCCGAGCCCCGCGCGGCUCCACCGGUGCCGCCAGAAGCCCGGCGCCUGAUCGUGAACAAGAACGCUGGGGAGACGCUGCUGCAGAGGGCUGCCCGGCUCGGCUACAAGGACGUGGUGAUGUACUGCCUCCAGAAAGAGAGCAACGACGUCAACCACCGGGACAACGCUGGCUACACCGCCCUGCACGAGGCCUGCGCCCGCGGCUGGAUAGACAUCCUGCACAUCUUGCUGCAGCAUGGGGCGAAUGUGAACUGCAGUGCCCAGGACGGCACCAGGCCUGUCCACGACGCCGUGGCGAAUGACAACCUGGAAACCCUGUGGCUCCUGCUUUCUUAUGGUGCUGAUCCCACCUUGGCCACGUAUUCAGGGCAGACGGCCUUGAAACUGGCCAGCAGCGAGGUGAUGAAAACCUUCCUGACGGAUUACCUCUUGGAUCUGCAGGGUCGAGCUGAUGGAGACCCCCAAACUGCCUGGGAUUUCUACAGCAGCUCUGUUCUAGAGGGGAGAGACGAGAUCGGCUGUGACCUCCUGCUCAACCCGCCCGGGAGCUCCGAUCCAGAGGAGGACGAGGAGCAGGAGUCGGACUGCUUCCUGUUUGAGUUCUCCGACAAGCAGCAGCUCCCCUGCUACAACCUGCAAGUGUCUGUCUCGCGGGGGCCCUGCAACUGGUUCCUCUUCUCAGACGUGCUGAAGCGGCUGAAGCUCUCCUCCCGCAUCUUCCAGGCCCGCUUUCCACACUUCGAGGUGACAACCCUGCCCAAGGCAGAGUUCCAACACCAGGUGUCCCUGAGUCAGGUGCUGGCCCCCGAAGAAAUCCAGGAGCACCUGGAGCCCCCCAUGGCCCCGGGCGCGGUAGAGACGGUGGAGCUGGUCCGCUACGAGCCGGAGCUGGUCCGGCUGCUGGGCUCAGAGGUGGUCUUUCAGGCCUGGAGCAGCUGACGGGGGGCCGGGACACUUCCUCUGUCGUCACCGGACUGCACUGCGAGGCAAUAAUAUGGACCAGUGGGAAGGCGGCCUUCCCGCAGCCAGCGGCAAGGGGUUCUCCCCACGGCCCCCUUUAACCAACAGGAAGGGCUUGCCCCCUGCCCUGGCUGGGGCGGGGGAGGGCUAGGAAGCGGCCUCUUCCCCCACCCUGGACUCCGUGGCAGGCCUCGUGGCUUCCCGGCCUCUCUGUGGAGCAGCGUCCCCUCUCCCCUGUCCAGCCACCCCCCCAAGCUCUUCCAGAGUAUUUAUUUAAUUAGUAUUUAAUUUGUGGUGAUCCUUUUUUGUUCCUGCUAAGUCUGUAUCACUGUGAUUGGAUGGGGGGGAGGCUUCCGACGGCCACCUGUCCCCGCUGGGAUGCGCCGGGGGGCCAGGCCGCCACUUCCCUCUGCUUUCAUGACAUGGGGAGGUGGAGCGCUCCACGCCAUCCCUUCCCCUUGCUUCGAGGGCCCCCGGUUUCUUUUGGGGGGAGGGGCUUUUUUCCGCCCUCUUCCCACUUUCUCCUCUCACACGACGCGGUCUCCUGACGCUCAGCCUGCCGCCACGGAGGGGCUGGCGGGGGCCGCACCCACACAGAGCCAAAGCCAUCCAGCGUUCUCGGCCAGCUUCCUCUCCUCCUGCUCUGCCUUCCAUCCACCCCCCCUUUUUAAAAUCUCCCCUUUGUUCAAUCAGUUCAGGUGGCGACAGCGAGGGCGGCCGAAGGCUGCCCGGUUGGAGGACUGGGGGGGGGGCAUAGGUGGUACAGUUUUAUUGUACAGGUGCUAACAAGGACUGGACAAUCUCUUUCCGGCUCCUCCCCUGCACGGGGGGUGGGCAGGCGGGUGUUAACUUUUUUGUUCUUUUGUGUUGUGACCCCCCCCCCUUUCCCACUCAGGGAGUUGCAUUUCCUUGCACCUCCUGUCCACCCCUACCCACCCCACUUUCCAGGCAGGUGGCCUCUUCGGGUCACCGAACCUCGGAAAAAGCAAACAGUUCUCUCUUUUACGCCCAGGCUUUCGGGCCUUUGGAGUGUGUGUUCCGGCUGCUGUUUUUUUUUUUUUGUUUUUUGUUUUUUUUUCUUUUCUUUCUGAUUUGUUUUCUCCCUAAGCAACGCUUUGGUGUCAAAAACACUUAUGUACAGAAAAACCUGCAUCAGGG